GCAGAGCUCCUUAAGACGGUGUUGAUUUGAAGUUCUAUACACACAAAUGUCGAGAGACAAGUUUCCUGUGUGCGAUCUCGAUUUGCAUGGAUCAAAUGUCCUGUUUCCUACCUAUAGAUUGCCAGUACCCCAGAUUACUGACUGGCCCUCAUCACCUGGUGGUCUUUAUUUUUCUCGCCUAUGGCCCCAGUCCCAGUCUGUUCGAGCACUGAAUACUCUGAAUACUAUUCACACCGUUGAUUAUUCAUGGCAUAACAUAUGAAUACCUGUGAUCUAUCCUACAUGCAAAGCAUGACUGUCAAACAAAAGCUCAAAAAGGAUAUCACACGCUCCAUCUAACACAGUCCUGUAUACAUAUCAA